GUGUUGACUAUCUGUCAAACAAUAGCUGUGAAAAUACAUGCAUUCGCUCGGUACGCCUGUCUGUAAUCGAGUGAUGCGCACACGAGAAACUGUUUAUCAGGGUUGCUAAAAUGCCAUUCAAGUUUCACUUGAAGAAGAGCAGGCAGUACAAUGUCGUAUCCAAGAAUCAGUAUGUGAUCUGUGUCGAGCUGUUAGAUAGCUCAUCUAUAGAAUGCACGCUCAGCAUUGAUAGCAGUGGACAAGAAUGCCUGAACAAUGUAACACAGCGUAUAGGAUUGGGGCAACCAGAGUUUUUUGGUUUACGUUACAUCUGCUGCCAUGGUACACCAUCUUUGAGAUGGAUAGACAUGGACAAACCUCUGAAGAAGCAACUGGAAAAAGACGCCAAGAGCUUCACGCUUUAUUUAAGGGUUAUGCACUAUAUCACAGACAUCCAAUUCAUUCAGGACGACAUAACAAGGCUUCAUUACUAUCUUCAAUUGAAGAAUGACGUAUUGGAGGAGAAAAUACAUUGUAACUCAAGGCAGGCUUGUUUAUUAGUGGGCUAUUCUAUGCAGGCUGAAUUUGGAGAUUAUAGCACAGAGAAACACACGAUCGAUUAUUUCAAGCAGUGUGUCUUCUUUGCAAAUGAUGUAAUUAAGACAGAACCGGGCGGGCAAGAUUCUCUCUUACAUACAGCAAUAUGUCAGUACAAGAGUCUCGCUAAUGUCGCACAAAGUACUGCGGAGGAACUGUAUAUCUCAUCUGUUAUGCAACUAGAAGGAUACGGCAACGAAACGUUCACUGCCAAGGAUAGCAGUAAUAACAAAGUUAUUCUCGGGAUCUCUGUUAAUGGAAUAAUGGUGGCCUAUUCUAGCACACAAACCACACAAUUUUACAGAUGGAGGGACAUCAGCAAUGUCAUAAAUCACAAAAAGACAUUCAGAAUAGAGUGUCAGUUGGAAGGCGAAGAAGCUAAACAAUUUGUAUUUACCGAGUCGCGCGAUGCAAAAUACAUAUGGCGAUUAUGUAUAGCACAACAUACAUUUUACAUGCAGUAUCAGGAACGCCGUCCACUAGAAAGAUCUAAUGGCUACUUCGAUAACGAGACAAACGAUCCCGGUGAGCAAGCGAUAUCCGUAAAUCUGGACAAUCGGACCGUGGACAAUCACACGCGAUGGACAAGUUACAACGAUCUCUCGACGUCACCGUACCCAGCCGUCGUGUCUGUCUCGUCGACGGAUAUAAAUAAUUUACGCGCAUUAUUACCGUCGUACAGACCGGCGCCUGAUUACGAAACCGCGAUACAAAUGAAGUACAAGAAUGGUGGAAACCCUCCACAGCCUUAUUAUGCGAAUCAGUCUGCGAUUGUCGGCUCUGACAUUUCGUGCCUUCUUGGUAAUGUUGUCAAUCACAACAGGUACUGAAUUUCAUGAGAUUUCUCUUGACG